CAGGGUCGAGAUACGUUGAGGUACAAUCUUCAACCCGUGAAGGGAUUUUUGGUGUUUGGCUCGAGCGCGGAAAAAUCGCGGAGUAAAUUCGGUUUGCCGCGGUAAACUGUGUGAAACGUAAUCGAAAGAGCCUCAAGUGUUUGCCAGAAUAUAAACUAGCUGAGUGUAGCUUUUUAAAAGACCAAACAAGAUGUCAGACCGUAAGGCUGUGAUCAAAAAUGCUGACAUGUCCGAGGAGAUGCAACAGGACGCCGUGGACUGCGCCACUCAGGCCCUCGAGAAGUUUAAUAUUGAAAAGGAUAUUGCAGCUUUCAUAAAGAAGGAGUUUGACAAAAAAUAUAAUCCCACGUGGCAUUGUAUCGUUGGACGUAACUUUGGUAGCUAUGUGACGCACGAAACAAGACAUUUCAUCUAUUUUUAUUUGGGCCAGGUAGCCAUUCUUCUUUUCAAGAGCGGAUAAGCUGGAUUCUAUCCUCUGUACUAUCCCCCUUCCCCCUUCAAUCGCUAUGUCAUCUGAGAAAUUAAAUUGUAUUACAUAUACAAAUAUAUGAUAAGAACUGAUUUCAAUAAAAAAAAGGUAAAGGAGGGUCCUGAAAGAUGGCAUAUAUGACGCAACAAUCUCGUUUGUUCUCCAAUUGCGUAUUGGACAACAAUAUAUGGACUAAAAUAUAAAUCUAUUUGUGUAGAGAAUCUAAGGGUUGGGGGACAUAUAAAAAUAUUGACAUACUACCUUACACGUUGAAAUGUAUUGCGUAUGCCAAGAAAAAAAAAACAAAAAACUUUGUUGUGUUCUUGUUUCUAUUAGGUAUAUACUACGUGUAAUCAGACCUUACUCGUGAUAAUGUACAGUUGCUCAGGGUUCUCCACCUUAUGUUCAUCGUUGCAGUUUGGUACUGCGUUAUUGUUCAGGAUCACGAAAAUGCAACGUGUUGACUAGUCUGUGUAUACAUUAUGUCAGAAACUAGAUCCCCUGGUGCUGGAAAUUAUCACUAGCGAACACUGAUUAAGCUAAUAAUUACAAUUUAUCAUAAUUAACAACAAAAAUUUCGAAAUUUUCCCUACUUAGCCUUACCCCCUCCUCCCCCACAAUGCUACACACAAUGAAUAAUUAGUUGAAUGAUUUUUUUUACUUGUUUGAUGACGUUUUGUUUAAUAUUAAGAUGAAGAGGAGUAUUAAAAAUUUAACGUGCCGAUGAAAGCAUCAGAUUUUUUUUUAUAUAUAUAUAUACACACAUAUAUAUAUUAUACAUUGAAUAAAUAUUAAUUACAUAACAAUUGAAUAUCGAUUUUCAUAAAGAAGGAAAAGAGAAAGAACGAUACUACUUAAUACUAUUAGAAACAUUCGUGUUACUAUUGUUGUAUUUUGUAACUGACACUGGAUUUUUCACUGGCGUUUUAUCAGGGCGAUGCAUACUUAAAAAUCAGUGGUAUGUUCGGGCUCCAGAAUUGCUUCAGACAAUGUUUGUCUGUUCCAUCGUCACUAUUGAUCAUUCAAUACUCCAUACGCUAAUUACACAUAACAUAAUUAAUAAAUAGAUUAUACAAAUAUGCUAUUUAUACAUAGUGCAAUCCACAUGCGAUAUUCUCUAAUUCAGAAUGAAUCGGGUUUGCGCCCUGCAAAUAAAUUAUAUGUGUUGCUAUAAGAGUAACAACGUUUUUCCAAAUUUCAGGCCUCAGCAUGAUUUUAAUUAACCACCAUCUACGCAUAUAGUGCGUAUCUUUAGGUAAUAUUUUCACAACAUUGAUAGCGUUGUAGGACUUAAGGAUUGCCAGAACACAAGGGCAAAAGUCAAAAAACUAGGAGAGAAUUGUACCUCUUGAGUGUGUAGAAAGCAUAAUCUCACAAUUUAUUGGAAAUAAGCACUUGAAACAUUUAUUAUUAUUGCUUGAAUAGUUGAUUAAUUCAUCAAGUUAUUCAAAUCGUAAGUCUUGCAAGUCUGGACCAUUGUUGGAAUCUGUGUCAUUCACUUAUUCAUUACAUUUAAUAUAAAUUAAUAAUAAAGUAUACUUGUUUUUUUGAAAUCCAA